AAGAGAGCAAGGUGGUCAGGGACAGAGUCUUCAGAUGACUCCUAUGUGUCUGCUGGAGAAGAGCCACUGGAGGCCCCUGUGUUUGAGAUCCCUCUGCAGAACGUGGUAGUAGUACCAGGGGCCGACGUGCUACUCAAGUGCAUCAUCACCGCCAACCCCCCACCCCAAGUGUCCUGGCACAAAGAUGGGUCAGUGCUACGCAGUGAGGGCCGCCUUCUCAUCCGGGCUGAGGGUGAGCGGCACACGCUGCUGCUCAGGGAGGCCCAGGCAGCUGACGCCGGGAUCUAUAUGGCCACCGCCACCAAUGAGCUGGGCCAGGCCAGCUGUGCUGCUGCACUGGCUGUGAGACCAGGCGGGUCCACAUCCCCUUUCAGCAGCCCCAUCACCUCCGACGAGGAGUACCUGAGCCCCCCAGAGGAGUUCCCGGAGCCUGGGGAGACCUGGCCCCGAACCCCCACCAUGAAGCUCAGUCCCAGCCAGAACCGCUGUUCUUCUGACACUGGCUCUAAGGCACCCCCCACCUUCAAGGUCUCGCUUAUGGACCAGUCAGUAAGAGAAGGCCAAGAUGUCAUUAUGAGCAUCCGCGUGCAGGGGGAGCCCAAGCCGGUCGUCUCCUGGCUGAGAAACCGCCAGCCUGUGCGCCCGGACCAGCGGCGCUUUGCCGAGGAGGCUGAGGGCGGGCUGUGCCGCCUGCGUAUCCUGGCUGCAGAGCGGGGUGACGCUGGCUUCUACACUUGCAAAGCGGUCAAUGAGUAUGGCGCUCGGCAGUGUGAGGCCCGCCUGGAGGUCCGAGCACACCCUGAAAGCCGGUCCCUGGCCGUGCUGGCGCCCCUGCAGGACGUGGACGUGGGGGCCGGGGAGAUGGCGCUGUUUGAGUGCCUGGUGGCAGGUCCUGCUGACGUGGAAGUGGACUGGCUGUGCCGUGGCCGCCUGCUGCAGCCCGCACUGCUCAAAUGCAAGAUGCACUUUGAUGGCCGGAAAUGCAAGCUGCUGCUCACCUCUGUGCACGAGGACGACAGUGGCAUCUACACCUGCAAGCUCAGCACGGCCAAAGAUGAGCUGACCUGCAGUGCCCGGCUGACUGUGCAGCCCUCACUGGCGCCCCUGUUCACACGGUUGCUGGAAGAUAUGGAGGUGCUGGAGGGCCGUGCUGCCCGCUUCGACUGCAAGAUCAGUGGCACCCCAUCCCCCUCUGUUACCUGGAUGCAUUUUGGCCACCCUGUGGAGGAGAGUGAGAAUGUGCGACUGCGGCAGGAUGGGGGCCUGCACUCGCUGCACAUCGCCCACGUGGGCAGUGAGGACGAGGGGCUGUAUGUGGUCAGCGCGACCAACAUCCACGGCCAGGCCCAUUGCUCAGCCCAGCUCUACGUGGAGGAACCUCGGACAGCUGCCUCAGGCCCCAGCUCAAAGCUGGAGAAGAUGCCAUCCAUCCCUGAGGAGCCAGAGCAGGGCGAGCUGGAGCGGCUGUCCAUCCCUGACUUCCUGCGGCCAUUGCAGGACCUGGAGGUGGGACUGGCCAAGGAGGCCAUGCUAGAGUGCCAGGUGACUGGUCUGCCCUACCCCACCAUCAGCUGGUUCCACAAUGGCCACCGCAUCCAGAGCAGUGAUGACCGGCGCAUGACACAGUAUAGGGAUGUACAUCGCUUGGUGUUCCCUGCUGUGGGGCCUCAGCACGCCGGAGUCUAUAAGAGUGUCAUCGCCAACAAGCUGGGCAAAGCUGCCUGCUAUGCCCACCUCUAUGUCACAGAUGUGGUUCCAGGUCCCCCAGAUGGUGCCCCACAGGUGGUGGCUGUGACUGGGAAGAUGGUCACGCUCACGUGGAACCCCCCCAGGAGUCUGGACAUGGCCAUCGACCCGGACUCCCUGACAUACACGGUGCAGCACCAGGUGUUGGGCUCGGACCAGUGGAUAGUGCUGGCCACGGGCCUUCGGGAGCCCGGUUGGGUGGCCACGGGGCUGCGUAAGGGGCUCCAGCACGUCUUCCGAGUCCUCAGCACCACCAUCAAGAGCAGCAGCAAGCCCUCACCUCCCUCUGAGCCUGUGCAACUGCUGGAGCGCGGCCCACCCCUGGAGGAGGCCCCUGCUGUGCUGGAUAAACCGGACAUUGUGUAUGUGGUGGAGGGACACCCUGCCAGUGUCACUGUUACCUUCAACCAUGUGGAGGCCCAGGUCGUCUGGAGGAGCUGCCGAGGGGCCCUCCUGGAGGCACGAGCAGGUGUGUACGAGCUGAGUCAGCCAGAUGACAACCAGUACUGUCUUCGGAUCUGCCGAGUGAGCCGCCGGGACAUAGGGCCCCUCACCUGCACUGCGAGAAAUCGCCAUGGCACUCAGGCCUGCUCGGUCACACUGGAGCUGGCAGAGGCCCCUCGGUUUGAGUCCAUCAUGGAGGACGUGGAGGUGGGGGCUGGGGAAACUGCUCGCUUUGCGGUGGUGGUUGAGGGGAAGCCACUGCCAGACAUCAUGUGGUACAAGGAUGAGGUGCUGCUGGCUGAGAGUAGCCACGUGAGCUUUGUGUAUGAAGAGAAUGAGUGCUCCCUGGUGGUGCUCAGCAGUGGGGCCCAGGAUGGAGGCGUCUACACCUGCACUGCCCAGAACCUGGUGGGCGAAGUUUCCUGCAAAGCAGAGUUGGCUGUGCGUUCAGCUCAGACAGCUAUGGAGGUCGAGGGGGUUGGGGAAGAUGAGGAGCAUCGAGGAAGGAGACUCAGCGACUUUUAUGACAUCCACCAGGAGAUUGGCAGGGGUGCCUUCUCCUACCUGCGGCGCGUGGUGGAGCGUAGCUCCGGCCUGGAGUUUGCGGCCAAGUUCAUCCCCAGCCAGGCCAAGCCAAAAGCAUCAGCACGGCGGGAGGCCCGGCUGCUGGCCCGGCUCCAGCACGACUGCAUCCUCUACUUCCAUGAGGCCUUCGAGAGGCGCCGGGGACUGGUUAUUGUCACCGAGCUCUGCACAGAGGAGCUGCUGGAGCGAAUGGCCAGGAAACCCACCGUGUGUGAGUCUGAGAUCCGAACCUAUAUACGGCAGGUGCUGGAGGGAAUAUGCUACCUACACCAGAGCCAUGUGCUGCACCUUGAUGUCAAGCCUGAGAACCUGCUGGUGUGGGAUGGUGCAGGGGGCGAAGAGCAGGUACGGAUCUGUGACUUUGGGAAUGCCCAGGAGCUGACUCCAGGAGAGCCCCAGUACUGCCAGUAUGGUACACCUGAGUUUGUGGCACCCGAAAUUGUCAACCAGAGCCCCGUGUCCAGAGUCACUGACAUCUGGCCCGUGGGUGUCGUUGCCUUCCUCUGUCUGACAGGCAUCUCCCCAUUUGUUGGGGAAAAUGAUCGGACAACACUGAUGAACAUCCAAAACUACAAUGUGGCUUUCGAGGAGACCACAUUCCUGAGCCUGAGCAGGGAGGCCCGGGGCUUCCUCAUCAAAGUGCUGGUGCAGGACCGGUUGAGGCCUACCGCAGAGGAGACUCUAGAACAUCCUUGGUUUAAAACACAGGCAAAGGGUGCAGAGGUGAGCACGGAUCACCUAAAGCUAUUCCUGUCCCGGCGGAGGUGGCAGCGCUCCCAGAUCAGCUACAAGUGCCACCUGGUGCUGCGCCCCAUCCCUGAGCUGCUGCGGGCCCCCCCAGAGCGGGUGUGGGUGGCCAUGCCCAGAAGACCACCCCCCAGUGGGGGGCUAUCAUCCUCCUCUGACUCUGAAGAGGAAGAGCUGGAAGAGCUGCCCUCAGUGCCCCGCCCACUGCAGCCCGAGUUCUCUGGCUCCCGGGUGUCCCUCACAGACAUUCCCACUGAGGAUGAGGCCCUGGGGACUCCAGAGGCUGGGGCUGCCACCCCUAUGGACUGGCAAGAGCAAGGAAGGGCUCCCUCUCAGGACCAGGAGGCCUCCAGCCCUCAGGCCCUCCCCUCCCCAGGCCAGGAGCCCUCAGCUAGGCCCAGCCCCAGGCGGGGAGAGCUCCGCAGGGGAAGCUCAGCUGAGAGUGCCCUGCCCCAGGCUGGGCCAAGGGAGCCGGGCCGGGGCCUGCACAAGGCAGCGUCUGUGGAGCUGCCGCAGCGCCGGAGCCCCAGCCCGGGUGCCGCCCGCCUGUCCCGGGGAGGCCUGGGCGAGGGCGAGUACGCCCAGAGGCUGCAGGCCCUGCGCCAGCGGCUGCUGCGGGGAGGCCCUGAGGAUGGCAAGGUCAGCGGCCUCAGGGGCCCCCUGCUGGAGAGCCUGGGGAACCGUGCCCGGGACCCACGGCUGGCACGGGCUGCCUCCAGUGAGGCAGCGCCCCACCAUCAGCUCCCACCCGAGACUCGGGGCCUGCAAAAGAGCAGCAGCUUCUCUCAGGGCGAGGCGGAGCCCCGGGGCCGGCACCGCCGCGCCGGGGCCCCCCUCGAGAUCCCCGUGGCUAGGCUUGGGGCCCGCAGGCUACAGGAGUCUCCCUCCCUUUCUGCCCUCAGUGAGGCUCAGCCAACGAGUCCUGUGCGGCUCAGCGGCCCCAAAAGCAGUGCCCCCAAGCCUGCGGAACCUUCCGCCGUCACACCCAGUGAUGCUCCGCAGCACUCGGCACCCCAGCCUGCUCAAGAGAAGGUCCCAGAGGCCGCGCCAAAACCAGUCCGAGCCACCAAGGCUGCACAGGUCCCCGUGGCCCUGCAAAGCCCUGCGCUGCCCCUCACGCCCUAUGCCCAGAUCAUGCAGUCGCUCCAGCUGUCGGGCCACGCCCAGGGCCCCCUACAAGGUCCUGCCGCGCCUCUGCCCGAGCCCAAGCCCCACGCGGCUGUGUUUGCUAGGGUGGCCUCCCCGCCUCCGGGAGCCCCCGAGAAACGCGUGCCUUCAGCUGGGGCUCCCCCAGUGCUAGCCGAGAAAGCCCGGGUGCCCAUGGUGCCCCCCAGGCCAGGCAGCAGCCUCAGCAGCAGCAUCGAGAACCUGGAGUCCGAGGCGGUGUUCGAGGCCAAGUUUAAGCGCAGCCGCCAGUCGCCCCUGUCGCGGGGGCUGCGGCUGCUGAGCCGCUCGCGCUCGGAGGAGCGCGGUCCCUUCCGCGGGGCCGAAGAGGAGGACGGCAUGUACCGGCCCAGCCCGGCGGGCACCCCGCUGGAGCUGGUGCGACGGCCCGAGCGCUCGCGCUCGGUGCAGGACGUCAGGACUGUCGGGGAGCCGGGCCUGGUCCGCCGCCUCUCGCUGUCGCUGUCCCAGCGGCUGCGGCGNNNCCCGCCGGCGCAGCGCCACCCGGCCUGGGAGGCCCGCGGCGGGGACGGGGAGAGCUCGGAGGGCGGUAGCUCGGCGCGGGGCUCCCCGGUGCUGACGGUGCGCAGGAGGCUGAGCUCCACCCUGGAGCGGCUGUCGAGCCGGUUGCAGCGCAGCGGCAGCAGCGAGGACUCUGGGGGCGCGUCGGGCCGCAGCACGCCGCUGUUUGGACGGCUGCGUAGGGCCACGUCCGAGGGCGACAGUCUACGGCGCCUCGGCAUCCCGCACAAUCAGCUGGCCGCCCAGGCCGGUGCCACCACGCCUUCCGCGGAGUCUCUGGGCUCCGAGGCCAGCGGCACGUCGGGCUCCUCAGCUCCAGGGGAAAGCCGAAGCCGGCUGCGCUGGGGCCUCUCUCGCCUGCGGAAGGACAAGGGGUUUUCACAGCCAAACCUCUCUGCCAGUGUCCAGGAGGACUUGGGUCACCAGUAUGUGCGCAGUGAGUCAGACUUCCCCCCAGUCUUCCACAUCAAACUCAAGGACCAGGUGCUGCUAGAGGGGGAGGCAGCCACCCUGCUCUGCCUGCCAGCAGCCUGCCCUGCACCCCAUAUCUCCUGGAUGAAAGACAAGCAAUCUCUGCGGUCAGAGCCUUCUGUGAUCAUCGUGUCCUGCAAAGAUGGGCGGCAGUUGCUGAGCAUCCCCCGGGCGGGCAAGCGGCAUGCUGGGCUCUAUGAGUGCUCAGCCACUAACGUCCUAGGCAGCAUCACCAGCUCCUGUACUGUGGCUGUGGCCCGCAUCCCAGGAAAGCUAGCUCCUCCUGAGGUGCCCCAGACCUACCAGGACACGGCGCUGGUGCUGUGGAAGCCAGGAGACAGCCGGGCACCUUGCACGUACACACUGGAGCGGCGGGUGGAUGGGGAGUCUGCCUGGCACCCUGUGAGCUCAGGCAUCCCUGAUUGUUACUACAACGUGACCCACCUGCCAAUCGGCGUGACUGUGAGGUUCCGUGUGGCCUGUGCCAACCGUGCUGGGCAGGGGCCCUUCAGCAAUCCUUCUGAGAAGGUCCUCAUCAGGGGCACUCAAGAUUCCUCAGCUCUGCCAUCUGCUGCUUACCAAGAGGCCCCUGUUACCUCAGGGCCGGCCAGGGCCCCACCUCCUGACUCUCCUACCUCACUGGCCCCACCUCCAACCCCAGCCCCUGCUUUCCCUGUCCCCCCGUCAGUUGCUCUCAGCCCCUCCUCUCCCCCCACACCCCCUAGCCAGGCCUUGUCCUCACUCAAGGCUGUGGGUCCACCUCCCCAAACCCCCCCACGAAAGCACAGAGGCCUACAGGCUGCCCGGCAAGCAGAGCCCACCCCACCUAGUGCCCAGGUCACCCCAAGUGAGCCCAAGUCUUUUGUCCCUGACACUUGGACCCCAACCCCAGCCUCCACCCCUCAAGGGGUUAAAACAGCAUCUUCCUCCACUCCCCUCUACAUGGUGACUUCCUUUGUGUCUGCCCCUCCAGCCCCUGAGCCCCCAGCCCCUGAACCCCCUCCUGAGCCCAUCAAGGUGACUAUGCGGAGCCUCAGCCCGGCCAGGGAGGUGGUCAGCUCCCCUCGGGUUGGUCCCCCCAUCUCUCCCAGGCCAGAGGGCACUACUCUUCGGCAGGGGCCCCCUCAGAAACCAUACACCUUUCUGGAGGAGAAAGCCAGGGGCCGCUUUGGUGUUGUGAGAGCAUGCCGAGAGAAUGCCACAGGGCGAACGUUCGUGGCUAAGAUCGUGCCCUAUGCAGCUGAGGGCAAGCAACGAGUCCUGCAGGAAUAUGAAGUGCUGCGGACGCUGCACCACGAGCGGCUCAUGUCCCUGCAUGAGGCCUACAUCACCCCUCGUUACCUCGUGAUCAUCGCUGAGAGCUGUGGCAACCGGGAACUCCUUUGUGGGCUCAGCGACAGGUUCCGAUAUUCAGAGGAUGACGUGGCCACCUAUGUAGUGCAGCUGCUACAAGGCCUGGACUACCUUCAUGGCCGCCACGUGUUGCACCUGGACAUCAAGCCAGACAACCUGCUGCUGGCCCCUGACAAUGCCCUCAAGAUUGUGGACUUCGGCAGUGCCCAGCCCUACAACCCCCAGGCCCUGCAGCCCCUUGGCCACCGCACGGGCACAUUGGAGUUCAUGGCUCCUGAGAUGGUGAAGGGAGAACCCAUCGGCUCUGCCACGGACAUCUGGGGAGCAGGUGUGCUCACCUACAUCAUGCUCAGCGGACGUUCCCCAUUCUAUGAGCCAGAUCCCCAGGAAACGGAGGCUCGGAUUGUUGGGGGACGCUUUGAUGCCUUCCAGCUAUACCCCAACACAUCCCAGAGUGCCACCCUCUUCUUGCGAAAGGUCCUCUCAGUACAUCCCUGGAGCCGGCCCUCCCUGCAGGACUGCCUGGCCCACCCGUGGCUGCAGGAUGCUUACCUGAUGAAACUGCGCCGCCAGACACUCACCUUCACCACCAACCGGCUCAAAGAGUUCCUGGGCGAGCAGCGCCGCCGCCGGGCUGAGGCCGCCACCCGCCACAAGGUGCUGCUCCGCUCCUACCCCGGCAGCCCCUAACGGCAUGGACCACAGCUCAGCCUUGGGUUUGACUUGGGCUUCCCACCAAUGCCAAGGGACAUUCCAGGGCACAGCUGAGCCGGGUGGGCCUGGGGCUUCAGAUACCACCAGCAGCAACAUCUGACCAGGCUAUUACCUCAUGGACCUGUGGGGACAGAGGCCCGGGGGUUUGGCCUGAUGCCACCCCUGGCCAGAGCCAGAGUGGAAGACCGAUUGGCCAGGCUGGGCAGGGGUGGGAACAGGAAGAGGGGCAAGAAGGGAAUGGGGAAGUAAAGAGAAAAAGGAGGUGAGGGAUAAGGAGAGGGAGACUCCAGGAAGGUUGGGGAUAGGGGCUACAUCUCAGGGAGAACAGAGGAGGGGGGCAAGUGGCUGGAGAGGAGGAAGAGGAAGGAGCCCAGGGGGUCAGGGCAGUGGUCUGGGAGUGAGUGCCAGUAAAGCAGGGACGGGAGCCAGGAUGUGAGAGAGGGUGUGAGGUUGGGGAGGAAGAGGAGAGAGGACUUCGGUGGUGGUGGUGGGGUGGGCCAGCUGCUGGCAUCACCAGAGCAGAAAUGCAGAAACAUGGCAGGCUGGAGGCAAGUGGUGGCUCAAGCUGGAGCUCACCUCCUGUCUAGUGACUCAGCUCCAGGCACUCUGUGCUGGCCUAAGGAUGUGCCUACUGCCCCUCCAUGGCCUUUGCCCCUUUUCCCACUCAUAUUUAUUUAUUUAUUGACUUUUAUGACGUUUUUCCUUCCAUCCAAUCCCUAUUGCCCAUGUCGUCCUGACCAUCCCCUCAGCCAUCCAGCUGUCCAUCUGUCUGUCACAAGGAAAAUAAAAAUGGCAAGCAGCAGGA